AUGCGAAUGAAGGCAGUGCCGGUCCUCUGGGGAUGCUUCCUCCUGUGGAGUCUCUAUACCUCCUCCUCUCAGACCAUGUACCCCGGCAUCAAGGCGAGGGUCACUCAGCGGGCACUGGACUAUGCUGUUCAAGCUGGGCUGGAGAUGAUUGAGGAUAUGAUAAAGGAAAAGAACCUCCCAGAUUUAAAUGGUUCUGAGUCUCUUGAAUUUCUGAAGAUUGAUUAUGUGGACUACAAUUUUUCAAACAUAAAAAUCAAUGCCUUUUCAUUUCCAAAUACUUCAUUAGCCUUUGUGCCUGGGGUGGGAAUUAAAGUACUGACCAACCACGGCACGACCAACAUCAGCACAAACUGGGCCAUAAAGUCUCCACUUUUCCAUGACUCGGGAGGAGCUGAUCUGUUUCUCUCUGAAAUCUACUUUACUGGUAUCAUUAUCCUGACCCAAAAUGACUUUGGCCACCCGGUUCUGAAGCUCCAAGAUUGCUAUGCCCAAGCCAGCCAUGCCCACGUCUCAUUUUCUGGGGAACUCAGUGUCCUGUAUAACUCCUUUGCUGAACCUAUGGAGAAACCCAUUUUAAAAAAUUUAAAUGGAAUGCUGUGUCCCAUUAUCACAAAUGAGGUGGAAGCGCUGAACGCCAACCUCAGCACACUGGAGGUUAUCACCAAGAUCGACAACUAUACUUUGGUGGAUUUUUCCCUGGUUGGUCCUCCAGAAAUCACUGAGCAUUACCUUGACCUGAACCUGAAGGGCGUAUUCUACCCUCUGGAAAGCCUCGUGGACCCCCCCUUCUCUCCAGUUCCUUUUGAGCUCCCAGAACGCAGGGACUCCAUGAUCUACAUCGGAGUCUCCGAGUAUUUCUUUAAAUCUGCAUCCUUCGCUCAUUUCAUAGCCGGGGCCUUCGGCAUCACCCUCUCCACGAAGGAGAUUUCCAAGCAUUUCAUUCAAAACUCCCAAGGCCUUGGCAACGUGCUCUCCCAGAUUGCAGAGAUCUACAUCCUGUCCCAGCCCUUCAUGCUGCAGAUCAUGGCCACGGAGCCUCCCAUAGUCAACUUGCAGCCGGGCAACUUCACCCUGGACAUCCCUGCCUCCAUCAUGAUGCUCACCCAACCCGAGAACUCGACGCUCCAAUCCAUCGUCUCCAUGGACUUUGUUGCUAGUACCAGCGUGGGCCUGGCUAUUUUGGGACAAAGAUUGAUCUGCUCAUUGUCUCUGAAAAGAUUCCGCCUGUCUUUGCCAGAGUCCAGUCGCAACGAUAUUAAGGUCGUGAGGUUUGAGAAUAUUCUGUCCUCCAUCCUUCACUUUGGAGUCCUCCCCCUGGCCAACACAAGAUUGCAGCAGGGAUUUCCUCUGCCCAACCCGCAUAAACUCUCGUUCGUCAAUUCAGACAUCGAAGUUUUGGAGGGUUUCCUGCUAAUUUCCACCGACCUGAAGUAUGAAUCAUCCUCAAAACAGCAGCCAAGUUUCCAUGGUUGGGAAGACCUGAGCCUGCUAAAUGGACAGUGGACGGGGAGGGCAACCCCUUGA